AUGGGAUCUCUUCCAUUUGUAGAUAAACGCUGCGGCACGGUUAGCAGUCAGAGUAGAUUAAAGAGAAUUGUGGCUGGUAACUAUGCGCGCCAAGGGUCUUGGCCCUGGUUAGUUUCUCUGAGGACCGCUCUUGGGUACCAUAUGUGCGCUGGGGUGCUCAUAUCUCCAAAGUGGGUGGUAACCGCAGCUCACUGCUUCAGAUUUUUUCUCUACCCCAGGUUCUGGAGGGUUCGCGUGGGUGAACACAACUUGGCCACCCGUGACGGCACCGAACAAGACCUUCGGGUGCUACAAAUCAUUAAGUACCCAGGUUACCAAGACAGGUGGCAUGCGACAUUGAAUUCAAAGAGAAAUGGUCAGCUGUCCGGGCGCUUCAGUCACGAUUUGGCCCUGGUGAAGUUGAGAGAAGACGCACCUGUCGACCAACCCUUUUGCAACUCCAUCUGUUUAACAUCGCAGAUGAUGCCGUCUCUGGUAGCCAACGUCAGUGAUAUUGACCGAGAUACAGUGAUUUUCACAAAUAAUAACCAGUGCUGGGUCGCUGGCUGGGGAGAUACCAAAGAAAAUUUCACCAAUACCUCGUUAAAGGAAGUUCAGGGAUAUGUGAUUGGUCAUGAGCAGUGCGAGAGUAUUUGGCAGAAAGGGAUCGGCAGCGAUAUGGUUUGUUUUGGAAAUGGAACUUCUGGGCCAUGCAAAGGCGAUUCCGGUGGGCCGCUGAUGUGUCGCAAAAAUGGCCAGUUUUAUCUGAUCGGGAUUGUGUCGUGGGGAACAGAGCAAUGCAUUCGCACAGGCUAUCCAAGUGUAUUUACCAGGAUCUCCAACUACAUUCCAUGGAUCCGUCAAACCAUGUCCGGCGUGCCAAGCACACAGGACGACCAGCCGGAACAGGAGCCUUUUGAAUAGGCCUCCGGCAUUUCGGACGGCCUGGAACUAUAACCAGGAAAGGUGUAGCUCCAAUGCCGUAUCUAAUAUAGUAUGAAAUUGGUUUUGCCCUUUCAAGGAGAUGCUUGGUUGGAAACAGGGAGACUCUCUUGUGAAACGUAACAACCCGAAGUCAGGGGAAUGAGUGACACAUCCUUGACAAGCACAAAUUUUAACACCAAUCAUCGCUGAAGUGUGAUUAUUUGCAUGCAGUUAACAUGGAAUGAAAUAAUGUGAUUUGGUGGACUGACGGGAAAAACCAUGAUCUUAUUACUGUUAUGAGUUUGUGCAAAAUAAAAC